UUCUUGGUGGACUUGGAGGUUUCAACUGAAAUUAUUAUUUUUUAGUGUCAGUUCUUUAAAAAUUAAACACAGGAGAAAAUAAUUAAAUUGUACAAUUAAGUGAAAUGAUACCACGUGCUACUUUUAGAACUUUUAGCACACCUACGAGGAGAAAUCUCUCGAAAUUGUCUACCAUAGAUUACUGUGUAGAUUUAGUGAGGAAAAAUGAACACGAAAAUUUCAUGUGCACCCUCCUCAUCCCAAAAGCUAUACGGAACACUGCUUUCGCUAUCAGAGCGUUUAACGUUGAAAUUGCACAGAUUCCGGACAAAGCGAAGGACAAACAAUUGGCGAGUGCCAGAAUGGCAUUUUGGCAAGACGCUCUAGAUAAAAUUUACAAGGGUCAGCCUCCAGAACAUCCCGUAGCCCUGGAACUAGCUAGGGCAGUCAAGCAUCACAAGCUGCAUAAAAAACAUCUUUCGCGUCUUUUGAAAGCGAGGUUGAACGCUCUGAACUCGGCGACUUUCCAAAACGUACAAGAUGUUGAAAAGUACGCUGAAGAGACCGCCUCACCCAUAUUUUACAUGCUGCUAAAUGCCUCGGGCGUGCAAAGUAUGGAAGUCGACCAUGCUGCGUCUCACCUCGGUAAAGCCCAGGGUGUGUGCAAUGUAAUUCGUGCAAUCCCUCACCUCGCAGCCCACAGGACUGUGAUGCUGCCACAGGAUUUGAUGACAAAACACAAUGUCGUCCAGGAGGAUGUCAUAAGACAAAAAUGCAUUGGCAACUUAAGAGAAGUUGUCUUUGAACUCGCCAGCACGGCUAAUAUUCAUCUGAAAAAGGCACGCAAUUUACAAGAGGAUGUUCCAAAAAUAGCCUCAUCUAUUUUCCUUCCUGCUGUGCCUUUAUCUUCAUUUUUAGAAACACUGAGGAAUGUUGACUUUAAUGUAUAUGAUGAAUUUCUAGUUGAGAGAAACGUACAUCUAGGAUAUUCCCUUAUCUGGAAAAAACUCCUUUCCAAAUAUUAGGAAUCUUCUAAAAUAGUGUUGUAUAUAAACUAUUAUAGUUAUUGAUUGUAAAUUACUUUGUCUGAUAUUUUAUAAUAAUAAAAUAAAUUGUUGAAUUGGUUUUAAACAGGAA